CCAGAAGCUGUGAUUCAACAGGGGGUGGAUUCCUCAUCCAUCCCCUCGGCACAAACUAGCCGGAGAACCACUAUUUUCGUCGGUCAACAACCGAACUUGAUCCAAACGGACGUCUCGCGACGCUCCGAUCUUGCGGCCUCAAAGGCAGAAAUCGCCUCGUUGAAGAGCAAAGUCGCAGAUCAAUCCAGAAGGCAUCCGGAAAUGCACCAUCUUGUCAACAAAGACGACUAUCUCCUUGCCCGCGGUGCAAAUCCCAGAACAGGCGUCAUAACGCCUGGUUCCCAUAGUGCCAGUAGUUCUAUUGACCAUUACGAUGCCAGGCGUGGACACGGCCCAUUCCAGCAAGGGCGAUGGCGACAGAAGGGUGACCAAUGGGUCAGUCUAGAUCUUGGUGAACCAUCUCUACCACCGAACCCUCCAGGACACGAAUCCCUCGGACCUCCAUACCAAGACCUGGCUGAUUCGCAGAGUUUCGCUUGUCAUACUCGUCAGAUGAGAGGUCCUGCGGUUCAAAGCCAUGUGCCUUACUCUCAUGCAGCUCGAGGAUCAGAUACACCAUCCUACGAGAAUGCCUCCACUUUUCAACUUCGCCCGCUUGCAGAAGGAAUUGGAAUGUUCCCAGAUAGAACAGAGUCUGCUAUCGGAAACCAUGGGCCACCACCUGAACCAAGACAGGAUCCCAUGCUGAGGAGAAAACCUGUUGGGAGCAGUACAGGUAAUCAAGCUAUUGAUGGGGGCUCUCGUACUCAAAGAGAUACUGGUGGGAGCGCAGAGACUGUUGUAAGAAGAUUGCACUUUUCCAAUGACAUUCGUUCGUCCUCUGCACCAGGUGCUCCCAGAGUGCGUAAUUUCACUCCAGCUGAUGUCGGAAAGGAAUUACCUUCCUUGCCGACUGAAAAGCAGUCAUCGGAGUACCUGCAUGACUUGGUGGAGCCACAAACAGAUUCUUUUUUAGGGCUAGCAACAACAAACUCGGUAGCUCAGCUCACGAAUUCAAACACCUCAGGCACCUUUGGCCAUCGUCUAGCAGAAAAAGAUCUACCAUGUCUGCCGAUGAACAAUGGCCAAUCCCCGUUAACACAAGCAUCGGAACAGAGCCCAUCCAGAACAAGACGAGAAUUCAACACACACAUGUUGACCCAAUCAACGUCGGGGCAACAGAAACCACAAGGUCCUCGCGGCGGCGAUCUAGAGUACCCGUUUGUGCGGACAGCUCGAUCAAACCAUCAUCCGCCUCAGGACCGUAUUCAAAGGGAACUCAGGCCCACGGGAGAAAAAGAGAUGCCCCUUCCCAUCUACGACAAUCCGCCAGUACAAGUGGCUUCUCCCGUGGCGCCAGCACGACCCGAGACAAGGGGGCCAAGGGCCAUGCCGAAGGGAACUUCACCCUUGUCAACGCGAAGGAGAGACCCAUUCAUGGAACCAUCGAAUACCACUACCAUUCGCAUGAAUAUGCCUCCGGAUCGAAGACCAGUGAUGGAAUUUUUGCCAAGCAGCCCCAGACCAGACCGUCGUGGCCCAGAUCAUAGAAUGAUGAAGCACGAGCGCUUUGGUUCGCUUCCGACACAUCCACUUGCCCGGCCAUACGACAUAUCCAUGAACACCGACAUGAGCACAGGCUCUAUGAUGUCAGUUCCAAUGCAGAGGGUGCGACCAAGAGCCAUGCCUCGCCCUCAGAUGCCAAUGAGAGCAGAAGGCAUGUAUGGCGUUCCACAGGUUGGCCCAAUCCAUUUGCAUCCGGACGUGUCCAACCAGGACCAUCAGACAGAGCGGGAUCAAGGCCGGACAGACAGCCAACUGUGGACAGAAACUUAUCAGGAAGAGGCGCACCUGGUGCCUCCGCCGCUGAAACCACGAUUGGCAACACGUCAGCCCGAUCCUGCUUCCCACAAUCCGACAUUCACGAAAUGGGAUCAAUCCUCCCCGAGCGGUCUUGGCCUGACGAGAAAGUGCAGUCGGUGCCAACACGGCCUCGUGGAAAUCGAACCUCCUGGUACAGAUGGUGCCACCCGUAUAUUCGAACUCCAGAACCGAAACGGCCUCGUGGAAGGAGUGACUAAGCUGACACAUCCAAUCGGGAGGGGCCUUCCAGAUGUACCAGAAGAGAAAGGCAAGGAGAAAGAAGGAAAGCAAUCACCCGGUCUAGAUGCUACAACUGAGGAGCGAGACCAUUCUAUAUGCUGCCCUGACUGCUGCAAAGAGCAGGAUUGUCAUGGAGGCUGUCUUGGUCACCCAAGCCCAUAUUCGACUCCUAAUACAAGCCCAACGAAGAGUAUCUGGUCUGAAGUCGAUUGUCCGAGCAGUGCUAGCGAAAUUGAGGAAUCAGAAGAUGAACAUGACAAAGACAGUCUAACUUCUGAAAAAUGUAGAAUCGGUCGGCUCGCUUUUGUAAAAUCGGCAUUCAAGCGUUCACCCAAAAAGCGGCAAUUCAAGUUCGGGGACGCUACUCCCAUCUACACAAGAUCCGAAGGGAGCGGCACUGAGGGAUUGAAUGCGGCGAUGAGUGCAGCUGGGAGUUCAACGCAGAAAACUUUUAAUCACGCCAAUCAAAGACGACAGCGAAGCUCCAGCUCACCAUUGAUUGGAGGGGAGGAGCUCUCUCACAAGACCAGUGUCUCCCACAGUCAAAGAUCUGUCAGCGGCCCACGGUUGAGGGUUCCGACACCACAAGGACUGGCAAUCGCAUGCUCCGGAACAUCGAAGAGCCGUAAUGUGAGUGGUAACAGCAUCUCUACCUUGGAAUUACAGGUGCCUGGUCUAGGCUCUCUGGGAUUUGGGGCCUUGGGGGAAAUGGUCAUCGUACCCUUUGAAGCGACAAAGAUGUGGAUUCGAAAUCAUCCACAAGUUAUGAAACUAGCCUGGGAAGUGCUGGAGCGAGCAUGGCAGAUGAGUCAAGUCAUCGCCACGACCGCCUGGAAACUUUGGGCUCUUAUUUUUGUUUACUCAAAAACCGGGAAGUUGAAGUUGAGUAAGGCAAAGAAAGAAACUGCAGGCGGGUUUGUUCUCGAUUGUGCCAGGAGUGGCGUAUAUCUCUUGAUGUUCAUCACCGUCGGUGUCUUCGCAAUGAGAGUACUGAAUGUCCUUGUUGGGGCACUAAGCUUGGUAGGAUGGCUGUUCAAAGGAUUCUUUUGGGUCUUGAGGCAAGUGCUAGGAUUUGGGCUGGUGCGAUGA